AUGAACCAGGCCCAGCCGUAUAUGGAUGCCCACUCGCACAUGUCUUCUGCUCAGUCAUACGCUCCUCAAGGCGCAACUGCUGGCGCAAUGUCCCAUUAUCAGUACCACGGACAGCCCCCCGUGAUGCAGCCCGCGUCCUCUUACGCCCCGGCUGCUUACCCCCAAUAUGGGUACACCAAUGGCGUUACUUCACCCCCAGGACACCCACCGAGCUCCAUGGGCCAGAUGACGGCUCAGUUGCUGCCGUUACCUGUGAGCAAUCACGCCGUGGCGCCUCCAAGCGGAUACGGGAACAACACUGGCGCUCCGCUUCAAGGGUUCGUCUUCGAUGGUACCGGUCAGGUCGCUCCUCCGGGAGCCAAACCGCGAGUGACUGCCACUUUAUGGGAGGAUGAGGGGAGUCUUUGCUACCAGGUGGAAGCAAAGGGAGUCUGCGUUGCGCGACGAGAAGACAACCACAUGAUCAAUGGUACAAAGCUGCUGAAUGUAGCUGGCAUGACCCGUGGUCGACGUGAUGGAAUUCUGAAAAGCGAAAAGCUUCGCCACGUUGUGAAAAUUGGCCCGAUGCAUUUGAAAGGUGUCUGGAUCCCAUUCGAGCGUGCUCUGGAAUUUGCCAAUAAGGAGAAGAUCACCGAUCUCUUAUAUCCACUCUUUGUGCAUAAUAUCGGUGGUCUUCUAUACCACCCGGCUAACCAGACUCGGACAAACAUGGUAGUGCAAGAAUCCCAGCAGCGACGGCUGGAAGGUCCUCCCCCGGGUCCCCAUCGGACACCGUCUGGAUCUCAGCAACCCCCAAUUCACCAUCAGCAGUCCUCUAUGCAGCAGACGCCCAUGUCCUCUCACAUGUCUCAAGGCCCAAUGAGUGGCCAGCCCGGCUCGAGGCCUGGCCUCGAGCGUGCCAACACUUUCCCUACACCGCCAGCUAGCUCAUCUAGUCUGAUGGGUGUCACCAAUCAGAGCGGUCCAUACGAAUGGGGCGGACCCGUGCCACACACGCAGCCCCUGUCCAUCGACACUACACUGAGUAACCAGCGCUCAAUGCCAACUACCCCCGCAACCACCCCACCGGGCAACAACAUGCACGGCUUACCAGCCUACCAAAGCCAAGCCUACGACAGCUCCAAGCCCUACUACUCAGCGGCGCCACAAACGCAUGCCCAAUACGCGCCGCACACCCCAUUGACCCAAUCAGGGAUGUCCAGCUACGGCCAGUCCCUGCCCGGCGGGUACAUGAAAAGCGAAAUGGCGCCACCGAACCCACGCCCCGGUGCCUCUGAGCCCGAAGCCUCCGAGCGCGACUCCAACCGCUAUAGCCAGAGCAAUGGGCCCGGCGAGCCCGUCGCCGAGCACGAUCAGGAGUAUAUGCAAGACCACAAUGCCGGCUACAACUCCAACCGUGGAUCUUACACUUACACCACAAACCCCUCCGUCAGCUCCCUCACCCUCACCGGCGAACACUCCCAGCUCACCCCGGAGAUGACCAGCUCCCCGAGCCAGCAAAACGGCUCCGGUCGCAUGACCCCGCGCACGGGCGCUGGCCCCCCUCCCCACUGGGCUUCGGGGUAUAACACUCCUCCCCGUCCCGCCGCCGCCGCUACCCUGUACAACGCUGUCAGUGACACGCGCGGUACCCCGGCCAACGGUGCUUCGGACCCUUACUCCAUGGCCUCGACCACGGCCCCGGUCUACGCGACUGGCAAUGGCUCGCUAAGUGCAGGCAGCAAACGCAUGCGUGAGGACGAGGAUAUCCGCCCCGAGAGUACUGCUGAGUACGAGACAUCGAAGCGUCGUAAGACGAUCACCGAUUCUACUCUCGGUGGUCCAGUUGGUGGCCCGCCUAUACUUCAGCCAAUGAAGCCUAGUGCGGUCAUGGCUCGCCAUCGGUGA